AUGAGGUGUACACCAGUCUCGGGUCGAGCCGUUUCGUCAUGUUUUGUGGUUGUGGUCGCGUUCCUAUUCGUCAGCGUGGUCCAUGCCCACACGAUCGAUGUUGGAGCGGCUGUCAAGGUCAGUCAAGAGCGGGCAACACAGGCGCCGUCGGGGUGGUCGUCCGCCACCGUACUGCCCCGGGGAUGAACAGCCAGUCUUUCCACGGCCGUACCGGACACUCAACACCGUCUGGAUGCUCGUCUUCGCGCAGGAAUGCUUUUUCGAGGAUUUGCACACCGAGGACAAGGUACGUCUCUGUUUUCCUCGCCCCAUCCAGCUCCUUCCCGGGCCCGUGAAGCGCUCAGUGCUCGGACCGAUUCUGCGACCCCCGCGUGACGUGGUCCUUGCCCGUCCGAUCGCGCUGGAUGGCUCAUCGAAAUCUCUAUAACAAGCGAUGCACCGACCUCGGGGAUCCGGAAGCUGAGGUCGUCCGAAACCUUCCUUCCUCUGCUGCUGCGGCGUUUGCAGAUGACAGUGACCUACCAAGUCGCCGGUGGAGGUCACCUGGACAUCGACUUUUGGCUCUCGGGCCCAGGUGACCGCGUUAUGAACGAGCAACGCAAACGCGACACGGGCACCUAUUCGUUCACCGCCGAGGUUGACGGACGCUACACUUAUUGCUUCUCCAACGAGAUGAGCACCGUCACGGGCAAGACAGUAAGGUCCGUUUUCCGCCUCGGAUCGCCGCGGGCCAUAAACGGAACCGUGGAGCUGAUGUGGCCACGGUACCCUGCAGUUUCAACGUCCACGGCGUCAUGUAUGUCGAGGACGACGGUGAGUGGCCGGCUCCAUUUCGAGGACUAGUGUAACGGUAAAGCACUGAGGACCCAAGUGAUGUAUUUCACUCACCUCCCCCGUCAGGCCACACCGCCCCUAUCGAAAAAGAGAUCCGGACUUUAAGUCAAGCAUUGGAAGCGGUCAAGGACGAACAAGAAUACAUUGUUGUCAGGGAACGCAUCCAUCGGGAUAGUCAGUCCGCUUGGGAUUGGUACGACCUUGCUCUUCAGAGCUUCGGUGCUGAGUGGUUGAGCGCGGGGUUUUCCUUUCUUUGUUGGAACGUGCAGCUGCCGAAAGCACCAACAGCCGCGUCAAGUAUUGGAGCAUUGUGCAGACCCUGAUGCUCAUCUCCGUAUGCGCGUUCCAGGUCUUCUAUCUCAAACGGUACGUCCGGCAACAACUGCCCCUGCCGGGCAGGUGGAUGGCGGGAAGGACUGACUUUUUAACGUCGUCUCUCCCUGACAGGUUUUUCGAGGUCAAGCGCGCUGUGGUGAGUUGGCAUCCGGUGGUUCCCAAGCAGGUCAUUCAGUACUGA